GUGCGUCCCUGAUAAGAACACAGUUCGUGAAAGGGGGAAGGAGGAAUGAGUACUCGGAAGCAGGCGCGGUGAUCAUCGGUGGUGACCCUCCGAAAAACAUCGAGCAGCAGUACUUUCUCCUACUUGGCUUGCGCUGCAGAGAAGGGUCGGAUACAAGCACCGGAUAUGGCAGCAGCGGCAUUUUUCAUUAGGCUCGCUACCACGAUGGCAUUAACCGCAACAUUUCCAACCCUCUGCAGUGCGUACAAGUUCAACAAAUACGAUCCUCUAGUCAAGACAAAGUCUGGUUGGAUAAGAGGACUCCGACAUCAAGUCUUCAGUCGCAACAUCAAUACUUUCUGGGGUAUUCCAUUCGCAGAACCUCCGGUAGGUGCAUUGCGAUUUAUGUCUCCCGUCCCUGUGAAGCCGUGGGCCACUGAAUAUAAAGCAGUGCAAAGGCCACCAUCGUGCAUUCAACCGGCAGUGCCCUUCACUGGCUUCGUCAACCUAACGGGUGAAAUACAUACCGAGGACUGCCUGUACCUGAACCUAUGGGCACCAUCUCAAGACUCUCCCAUAGAUUCCAACGAGCCAAAGACAGUCAUGAUAUUCUUCCACGGUGGCGCCUUCUUCUUUGGUAGUUCAACCUGGGAGUUCUAUGACGGGUCUGUUCUGGCCUCCCUCGGAGACGUGAUAGUAGUUACGGUGAAUUACCGUCUCGGACCUCUCGGCUUUAUGAACACCCUCGAACCAGAUUCGCCUGGAAAUCAGGGCCUGUACGACCAAUACCUCGCCAUGCGUUGGGUUAAAGACAACGUCAGAUACUUUGGUGGCGAUCCCGAGAAGAUUACGCUGUUUGGACAAAGCGCAGGAGCAAUUUCCAUAGGUUACCAUUUGGUCUCACCCCUGAGUAAGGGUCUCUUCAGGCGAGCCAUCAUGCAAAGUGGUAGCCCCUACUGGGCCAUAGCGGAGAAUGUAGAUGAUGACGGCGAUCGGUUUACGAAAGUUGCUAGGAAGCUCAACUGCAGCCAGCAUCGGGAUGACGUGACACGUGACUUUCGUAGAGUGCUAUAUUGUCUCCAAAGCAAGCAGGCUCGAGAGUUCCUCGAAGCCUUCGAGACGCGAAAUGGACGCAUUCGAAUCACAUAUCACCCAACAUACGGAGAUGAACUUGUGCCUAAAGACGUUAUGGAAGCCCUUCUGGGUAGCAGCGUCAAUGACGUCGAUUUACUCAUAGGAACUGUUCAGGACGAAGGAAGCCUCUUCGUGGAAUACUACCUAUCUUCCGUCCUGGACUUCAAACAUCCUUCCCAGAUCUCAAAGGAGGCGCUCGAGUUUUACUUGAUGGUUCUGUUUCGCAUGUUGAAGCAGGGUUAUCCUAUCGCUAUACGUAAUUUUUACCUCUCAGGCGAGGAUAAUGAUCCGAAUGUAUUCCUGAGACAAGCAGCCACUGCCAUGGGUGAUUUCGCUUUCGUUUGUCCUGCACUGUUCUUCGCCGAAGAUUACGCGAAAAGAAACAACAAUGUAUACAUGUAUAGUUUUUCUCACAGGCCAAGUUACACCACGUACCCAGAGUGGGCAGGGGUGGCUCACUUCGAGGAAGUACCCUUCGUGUUCGGGUACACUUUGAACAACAACCUAUUCAAUGUUACCCAGGAAGAAAAAACGUUCACACUUUUCAUCAUGUAUACGUGGGUACAUUUUGCCAAAACAGGACACGUUCCACCUAUUAACAACAGACCGUGGCCCGAGUUCGACCCGAGCAACCGCAGCUUCGUCGACCUGAAUAUUCCAGACCCCAAAGUCAAGACUAAGCUUGCGGAGGACCGCUGUGAAUUCUGGAAGUCACGCAUUCUGUCUUCUAGUCGCCAAUCCUGAUCGGAACUGUCAAACACAUCGUUGUAUAUAGUGCUUCACCAUCGUGGACGAGCUAUCGCGUCACCCAGAGGAACGCUCUAAGCUCAAUCACAGACAUCGUGAAGUGAGCGCUGCAAGGAUUCUGUGGGAGCAAGAGACACGGCUUCAGAAAUCAUCUGUUCCUAUUUUUCAAUGAGCUCUCGAUGAGUAAUUCGUGUCGCGAGAAGACAGACUAAAUGUUUGUGAGCAUUAUAAGGCUUGCUGCACGCUUGCUAUAGCACUUUCACUCAGGACUGAUUGCCCGCUCACAUUUACUCUUAGAAGUACGCAGAUAUUACGUUCACUGUGUCACACUGCGCGCGAUGCAUAAAACAUGUGACAUGA